AUGGCAACAAUAAUGGAAUUAAUUAAUUUUCACGAUCAUAGCUCGAAAGAAUAUGAUAAACUUUUGCAAGAUUUAAUAUGCUCCAACGGAGAUAUACCAUUUAACAUAGAAGAGGUUGAUGAAGCACAAAAUGUCAUUAUAUCGACUAUAAAUAAUUAUUUAAAUCGAUCACAGACGCGAUGCAACGGUCUGUUACUUUUGGACAAAAUUUUGUCGCAAUGUUCGAAAGAUAUACUUUCAAAAUAUUGUAUAUUAUGGAUGUCAAAAGCUACACAAGUAUUAGAAAGCAUUCAUAGCGUUCCGCAAGAACUAAGUAUUUCCUGUAAAAUUCUUGGGCAUUUAAUUAUACGAACCAAAGACAUUCCUGAAAUACAGAAACAAGUAUCUAUGCAGAAUGUAAAACAACUUGUUAACGCGUUUGGAAAUUUAGAUACGGAGAGAAUAUUUGGUCCGGUGUAUUAUUUGAUCGCUGUGUUAUUGCAUCAGUAUCCUGAAGUUUGCGAACGCUUUCAGACAUCCAUUAGAAAAACAAUAUUAUUGCAAAUUGAUUCCACCCAAGAGAAUUUAGUUCAUGCUAGCGCAAAGUGUUACGCGCUUCUAGCUAAGGCAACAGAGCGCUCUUUCAAACCACCAGUUUCAAAACCCACUUACACUAACUGGUUGUAUCAUCAUGCGCUUAUUUGUAACAGUUUACAUACUAUAAUGGAUGAGUUAUUUUCUAGUUUGAUAGAAUUAGAAAAUAUAAACAUUUGGGAUAAACUAGAAUUACCAAAUAUAUCGGAAGAGAAUAUUAUUCAGUUCUAUUUUAAACAACAACAAAGAUUUUUGAAUUUAUGUUCUUAUUUAUCUUGCAUGCUGCGUGGAUUUGGCAACAAAAACUCAGUAUUACCUCAUGAGAUUUUGAAAGUCUUAUGCAGAGGAUUGGCGAUACAGCCUUCAAACUUGAAGAAUCGAAAUUCUAUCAGAGAACAGAUGUUAUAUCUUAUCUUGCCGAAAUUGCAUAUUGCUUUGUUCAAUGUUUUGAAUGGAUUAAUAGAUGGAUUUAAGGAGCAGUUAAUACCAUUCGGGUCAACAAUAUUACAAUUGUUCCUUCAAACGUUACAAUGGACAGAAAUUGUUUCCGAAAAUCAUAUAACUAUUAGUGGUAUUAAACCAUUCAGAAAUGUAAGAAUAUCUGUUUACAAAUGUCUUACAUCUUGGCUUGUAAAUACUAAUUUACUAUCAGGCAUAGAAACAGUAGCGAACGAAUACCUUCCUUCUAUACUAAGAGAUAUAGUCCCAGAAAGAGAUCGUGUUUUAUUAACUAUUCAGAAAACCAAUAAUUUAUCGAAAAGAGCGUUAAAGCGUCUUCGAGAUAGUCAAUAUGAAAAGGGUACAUAUUUAAACAAUGAAAUAGGCUCUAGCAAAGAAAAUUAUCUAGAUGUAGAUACGUGCAAAGAGAGCCUUAUUACAUUGCAAAACAUAUUUUUGAACGGUGGAACUCUUUUAAAGCAAACAUUCUUCAGAACGGUACAAAAUAUUAUAAUACCUCUUCUAUAUGACUGUUAUUUGAGCUCUGUUGACCAGAAAUUUUAUAAAGAGACACCUGAAUGCCGAUUGUUGUUAUUAAGAGUUCUGAGAGCUUUUCAAAUGAAUCCACAUUCUUUGGUGCCUUUGCCCACACAAUAUUCACUAGAAAUAUUUGAAAUGGCUUUGAUCGAUAGUAAUGUAUGUAUUAGUCAAGAGGCUAAAAUAGCAUUAGCAGAACUUGAAAAAAUUCUGCAUCCCCAGGCACCAUCUAUACAAAUAUCUCAAGUGGAAUCAAUACAAAAGGAAUUUGUUAUUGAUAGCGAAGAUAUAGAACGCGCUAAGACAUUAGGAAAUGAACUUGAUGAAAAUACUGAAGACGAGGAUACAGCUCCGUCGUUAAAUAAAAAAAUGAAAGUAAUAAAUCCUGUUUUGGAUAACUCUGUUGAAUCUAUUACAAACAUCUUUAGCAUGCAGAGUACUGAACAAAAUAGUGAAGUUACGUCGCACGAAAGAAACGAAACUGUAGGAGAUAAAUUAAGUAAUACAGAAAAAGAAGUAACAAUCACGGUACAAGAUAAAGAUACAGUGUCGAAUGAAUCUAGAUCGACACCAGAUAUAAAUACUACAUUAAAAAUUACAAACAGUGAAACGCAAUCAACGUUAUUGCCGAAUGUUGUUCAAGAAAAUGAAGACAAUCAGACCAAAAACAUGGACACGUCGGAAGAAAUUUACCAUAAUCCGGAAAACGAUGGUCGUUCGCCUAAAACUGAUCAGGAGCAUUUGCCAAUAGAGAGAACAGAAGAAGUGGAAGAAAUUCUGCAAUUAUUUCAAGAUGUACCGAAAAUUGGCAAUUAA